GGACGGCGCGAGCUCUUCCUGCCCGACGUGCGCAAGUCUGCUGCCCAGUUGGAAGCGCAGACCGUGCGCCGCUGUCAGCCUGGUUUGGCACAGACCGCGCUGGCCGAGGAUCGCGAGGUGACCUUCUUCUGUCGGGACUCGCUCGUGGCGAACCUGUUGAAGCUGGGGCAGUACCAUUUGCAAACGGUGUGCGACAGUUUUCUGCUGUUCUUCGUGGAUGUGGAGUCUGUUCUGAUGUCGCUCCUGGAACAACGUGCGGCUGCAGAUGCGUCGCAGGUGCAACAACGAUCAGUGGACAUCGCUGCGGACGACGCGCUGAAAAAAUUUCCUGCGGCACAAUUUCGCCAAGAGAUGCAUCUCACUGUGCUGCAGCUGAUCCGGGAACUAGCUGCUUACUACAGUAUAGACCAAGUGACAGAGUGGCGCCGUAAGCUGGAAUGUGUGCUCGGACUCGCUGGCCAAGCCAGUUUGACCCUCAGCGAGGAGCAGCAUGCGGCAACGCUGUCCAACCAACAGGGAAGCACACCAGCAGGUCGAGCAAUGGGGACAUCGAAUAGUAUUCAGGUGGGUGGAUUCAAAGUGUCUGUUGUACCACCAGGAGGUGCAGCAAUCUCGCAAGCGGAAUCUAGCAAAAAGAAUACAACACGUGGCAUCAACAAAAAGACGAAGGACGCUGACAAGAGCAGCAAGUGUCUCUAUGGUGCAGUUGCCUCGCCGAGCGGCGAUCAGAUGAUGGCGGAAGUUGUGAAGUACCUGCACGAAAACAAUGAGGAUGCAGCUAAGAAAGCCAUGGUUGCCUACGCGGAUUCGGAGGCGGCACAUUUGGUUACAGCUCCCAUGGACUACACCGUUCCAGUGGACCCCCUGGUCAGCUGCAAGGUCUUCGCGGAGACGCUUUGUCACGCGCUCCACUUGAAUCAACCCGGGGCUAGGGCCGGUCCGACCACCGUUGUCUCGGCGGAUCCUAACAAUCCGGACAAUGAGGAUCGUCUGGCCACGGUAGGGUCUCCCACUCCGGGAGCGAGUCCAGCAAGAGAAAGCGGGGGUGGCAAGAAGAACGCGGUUGCGUCUCCUGGGCGACAGACUGUUAGCGUGGCUGGUGCUGCAGUGGGACAACUGCAAGCGGCGUCAGCUCUAUCCGGCGAAAGACUGGCGAACCGCUAUCUGACGAUUCCGAAGCUUGGUGGCUAUUUGCCGACCAAGCUCGCACUCCUGCGAUCUGGUGUGUCUCUCCAAACUUUAAGCGCUUUUGCGUGCGAAAUGCUGCCGCGAAUGAUUCGCCGCGUUGCCCCGCUCACGGGACCGGGAGGCUUGCAGCAGCUGGCCUUCGGCGAGACGGUGCAGCCGCCGCCUGGUGCAGUCUCAAAUAUUGCGGCGCUGUUGGCUAAUACGGGUCUCAGUGCGCCGGCGACCGCACUACCGCAAGUGGCGAAGCAGCUUAGCAUGAUCACCGCGGCAUCUGGCACAGGCGGUGCGGCCGCAGCUAAUGUUGCAGCUUUCCAAAAACCGAAGGAUGUUGUGGAAAGUGCACAGGGAACUUCAUCUGCAGCCUCAUCAUCGAAAAAGAAGGAUGCUGGUGGCGCACAAGGAACUACGAAAAAUGCAGUGCUCACAGUUCGUGUGGCUGAAAUGAAAAAUUGCAAUCGCGUGACGCCAGCCACCGUCGAGCUAAUGCAUCGCGUACAGGAUGCUUGCGUCCUGCAGCUGCACGACCGCUUGCACUGGCUGAAUCGCGCACAGGCUAUCCGCAACUGCGACCCUUACAGCGAGCAGAUCGAGCGCAUGGUGCGUCGUAUCUUGCGCGUCACGGGAAACUUCCAGUUUCCCGAGGCAGAGGACUGGCUCCUGGGCGCGGAGGCCGCAGCCGCGUUCCGACGGGAAAGGGAUCGCGGUGCGAGUUCCUCAAGCAGCGCUUCCGCCAGCGAGGAAGAAGAGCAAAACGAGCUCGCGGAAGGAUUCAUCUCGGGGGGAGAAGAGGGAACCGAAAACGCCUUGCGGAGCAACUACAGUUACUUCGAGGACGAGCUCGGCAUGGGUAGCGCAGUUAGGGCCAAUGAGGAAGACGAGGAUGCUGAAGGUUUCGUCAAAGAACAUAUGAUAGGCCAAGAGGGUGGCCACCAUCGCGUUAGCGCUUUGGCUGAGAUGAACUUGUAUAUGUAUGGUAGUGCUGACGGAGGCCCGUCGAGUGCUGCUGCUCGUAGGUCGAGACUUUCGAACCACGAGUUGUCUUCAACCUCCGGGACCACGAGUGGUGGAGGCGCCACGACACAGGAGGACACCACGACGGGCGGGGAUAGCACCACCGACGACGCAGCUAGAGUUGCUGCAAAGAUGCAGCGCAAGCGCAAGGGCCACAAGAAACGUCGGCGGCCCACAGAGAGCGACUUCGAACAGGUUUUGGUCUGGUGCUCGCGGGAAUUACUGAAGAGCUAUGGGCGCUGUCCGAAUCUUGGUAACGUCGCUCUUUUUUCCUUGUGUCUCAACUUGAGAGAGGCGCUGGAACACUCCUUGUGGAAGGGCUCGCUCUUUGCCGGUUGCUCGCUGGGCUCAGAGACACUGAAGGCGGCUGAACGCGCUUUCGACCCGAAGUUUGUCGACCCUGUGGAAGAACUUCGAGCUCGCGGUGAGGUUGCGUAUUGGCGCCGACGCAGACAUGUUUUGACACUCGCAAAACAGUGGUGCAGCAUUUUACUCGCGGAAAUUGCGGAAGACUACAACGCUUUUUACGGUCUGCCGAAGCACCAGGAGCUUUUUUCCGCGGUCUUCUCUUCGCACUACCUCCCGGUCGAAGCGACCGCGCACAUGUGCCAUCUGAUUCUCCAACCGGAAGCGCACCUCAUCAGCGACGAGUGGUUCCUCCGGGUCUCGCGCCUGGCCUACUGCAGGUUCCGUGACCACAAGAAGGAAGCGGAAAACCAGAAUGGAAAUACAUCUUUGAUCAAUAGGAGCACGGGCGACGACAAAAAUGAAGAUGGCAUCCUGGGAGAACUCGACGCGGCCUUCAAAUUCCUCGGUGGAGAGAAUAAGAGAGGUGCUGAGGCGGGACCCGCAACAGCGAAGCAAGACGGUGGCAAGCGCGUACAGAUGUGCAAACCAGAAGCCGACGAGUUUGAACUGGACGAGCCGGACGACGACGCGCAUGGUAAGAGCCGCGCUUCUCAUCUCAGUCGAAACAAACGAGCCUUUCGGAAUCGUGCUUUUGCGUCUGCAGAGGCAUGCAUCGGUGAAGAGACCAAUGAUGCUUGUGAUGUCAAUGCUGUCACUCGUGCAGGACUUGUUCCGGCUGCUAGUACUUCGAGCAUUUUCGGAGACCUAAAUCUUCCCUACAUCGCCAGCGAGGUGGACGACUUAGUGAUGGCGCUCGGGCUUCCCGCGGCCAUCGACUCGCAGGUGAAAUCGCGGAUGCUCGCCUACCUCACCGCUGCGCUUCUCGCAACGAAAAACGAGUCGCGUCCGGCUUUUUCGAAAACCUGCUUGAGUUCGGAUCUGAUGGCAGGCGGACGCAAGAACAAAGAGGGCAGCUGGAAGCCAUGUGUUCCCAGUUGUGCAGUGAUUCGUGCAACGGAAGUGUUGCUGUCUGUCGACGUGCAUGUCUUCCCGUACCUGACUGAAGGCUACGUCAAUAUCGCUUUACGGGAACUGCGCAUGGCAAGACAGCGAUCCCUGCAGCGCAACGAUUUUCUGAAGAGAUUGAAUAAGCAGGUACGAGCACAGCCAUUUUUCUAUCCUGAUGACGAAAAUGAGGACGACGAGGUGCGAGGAUGGGACGACCACAAAAGUUGUGUGAACAGACAAAGUCACAGAAGCACAGAAGCCGGCGCAAAGGGUUGGAACAAGGCCUCUCUCGUGACAGACAACGUAGAACAUGCGAGUCGCUAUCUCGUGCUAGAAGACUGCAGUGAACAAGAAGUUGUAGAGGGCGAGUGCCAAGUUGAAGAGCACUUGUUAAACGCACCAUGGUCUUCGCAAAGUGGAAAUAAAGGCAUCUCCGAUCACGAGAGAAAGCAACGAGCACGCGAGCACUGGCUCAAUGCAUUGUCGAAAGUGUGGAUCAUGCAAACGGAAGCCAAGAAGGUGAACAUGGAUCCCUGCGUGCUUGAGGACAUCGUUGAAGCCUGGAAUACGGAGUGGAGUGAGGUUCCUUCGCAUUCUCAGGAUUCAUCUUCCAAUCAUAGGCCCUCAGUCAAUAGGACCGCAGCUGCUGAGAGGAGGUAUGGAUUUUUGUACUACGGAGAGGAGGGGACGAACGAUGGCAGCGUCAUCGAUGUCGAGGAGCUUGCCGAUACGGACGAGGGUGCUGUAGGGGUGAGAGUAAGCGAACAAGUAGUCCGUGAUCGUGCGGUGGUGCCUGCGCCAACUCGAACCAGUGCUUUGCGAUCCAAUUUGCGUGCCUCACAGAAUGGCCGCAAGAGCGAGGUACUCUUGGAAGCGAUGAAGAAGAACUUCUUUGACUCGCAGCAUCAUGCCGAGGACCCUGAUACGUCGGACAACGAUAUUGCAGCCCGCGCUAAGAACGACAACGGCCCGAACGACGAAAAUUCUGGUACUGCAGUGGAUCCGCCUAACACCAGUGCGGCAGGCAGUAGUGCAACAGGUGGGCCAGAAGCGUCAACGACCCCAGCAGCACCAGCACCUGCAUCAUCUUCGUCCUCAAGACCAUCAGCAGUAACGCAUGUAUCCAGUGUCCUUGGCCGGCCAAAGAGGAGCUCUGCAGUAGUUGGUCCAACUUCUGCUGCUCCCGCAGUAGGAGGAGGUGAAGGGGGGAUUGUAGAAAAUCGGACACUACCAGGGGACCCGGUAUUAGCAGGAGCCCCAACGGUUUUUGCACCAAGAACACCAGUCGAAGAUCUCAAGACGGGGCCGCCAAGCGGCAGCAGCGCGAUGCCGCUGUCUCCCCGGGCUUUGGCGAUGAACGGCGGUUACCUGGGUAGCGCGAUGCUGGCCUCCGUUCUCAAUAAAGACAAGGACGUGGACUACAACGAAAUCGCGCAAGCACUAGGGAUCUCCGAGACCGCGGACGAGGGAAAUCGCAAGGAAGCCGUCAAUCUGGCGUUGAUGCAGGCACUCGAGAGCACCGGCAUCAGUCCGGAAGGCGUUACAAUUACGGCCGGCAAUGGUCGCCGCCCACGAGAGGCAGCAGGGGAGGCGUCAGCAAGUAGCGCUGCAGCUCGUGUGACCCCUGCUCCAACGAUGGCAUCGACUUCGGCUCUGUUGAGCCAGCAGCUGCACGAAGCGCAACUCUACGUGCAGAAGAUCCAGCAAUUCGAAGCAUUGCGACAACAAUUGACGGAACUGAGAGCCUCAGGCGAACAAUUGCAGGGUACAGCAACUAUAGGCACCGCUGUGUCAACAUCAAACGAAGCUACGAGUCCCGCCGCGAGGCAGAUUCAGGCACAAAUGACUAAACUAAACACGAAGAUUGUAUCGAAGGAUGCUCCCGCAUCGUCGUCGAAUCCCCAGGAUGGGACCCCCGCUUCGCUCUUGGGCUUCCACGGAAAGGCAGUCGCCGAGGAGAUCGCGCACCUCACGGAUAGGACAUCGAACUUGCAGCAGUUAGACGACGACCUGCGGGAGGGACAGUACAGUCCUGAAGACGCAUACAAAAAUGUGGUUGCGAACAAGAUUCUAGAGGACCGAGACCGCGUGGCCAAGCUGCUGCUUCAGGCCCGUGACGUUUUUGGGCAAACCGAGCGGGAGAGCCUUUAUGCCAAAAGUGUGGUGGAGCGCCUGCGGCUCACGAAAACGCUGAUGGAAGAGUUCGAUGAGACACAGGAAUUACACCAUCCCGGAAACUUGCAGUCGAUUUGCGCGGCUCUGCAGACGACGCUUGAAGACUACGACGGGCUCUCGGGGAGUGUAGACCGUGUCGGGAGGCAAGCGCUAAGCAAACUUCACGAGAACAUGAAGAAGGCCUUGCAAAACGAGGCGGUGCACAUGGCCAUGAUGGAGGCGCGGCAACUGCGGGACCAACAGCAGGCGCUGCAGGCACGCAGUCAGCAAACCAAGCUGAAGACACUGGCGGAACAAGCGAGGGAAGCACAAAUGCGCUAUUUGACUUGCAAAACCGCCUGGAAGCAGAUGGCGAGAAUGCACACGGAUGCGCAGCGCGACAAAGGUGAAAGGAACAAAAACUCUGGUGAAGCAACGCUCUUCAGGUAGAAAGGAAGAUUACAGGAUUCUUGAAACAGAAAAAAGAGGAACUUUGAAAUACAAACACUUCUUGUUCUGGGUGCAUGAUAGAUUAGGUAACUCAUCAAAUCUGAAAAGUCAACAUGAGCAAUAGGUAGCUACAUGAUCACCAUCAUACGAAUAUUGACAUCAUUACUACUUCUACAACGGGCAUACUUUUCUUAGUGCGCCAGUGAAUUGGUUAUGCGUACUAUUAUCAUUGCAUGAGAGCAAGGCAGAUUACACCAAAAUGUAAAAGGAGUUCAUGAAAAAUUAUAGCAUCACGCGCAUAUUAGAAACCACAAAUCGAAAAGGGAACUACUAAUUGCAUGAUGAAGAAUCGAAAUCGAAAUCGAUCGACAGGAAAAUAUAAAUAUCUAAAUUCUAAUCAGCACAUGGGAACAUGAACAUUGCAUUUUUCUUACGCUUAAACGUUAAAGUCACAUGGGAAGACAUCAAGCAUGCUCACACACGUACAGCAAACUCUCUUGAACAAUUCGUAGAAUACAUAUUGAACCUCGG